AAUAGGUUUAAAAUAAAAGAACCGGAUAUAUACGGAUGGUUCGAUACUGAAAACCUUAUUCAUAGUAUUUAAAAGGGUAAAUAAAUAACGGUUAGGAUUGGAGUGGGUGUGAAGCUGUCGUCUAGCUGUGAAGCAGAACUACUGCAACAGACAGCUUCUCCAUCUUCUUCUGUUGGCCGCCAAUUUUAUUGCUAAUCCCAGGUAAGCAAAGAGACACAGAAGAAAGAUUAAGCGAUGAAAGGUGCGUCUCUCAUAAAAAUGGAGUCCGGGUCGGAUUUGGAUGUGGAACUACUUCAAGUGUAUCAGAAAAUGUUAACUCUUCAGCACACACAGUGUGGAAUGCUUCUUCAAGAGUUCAACACUCGCUCCUCUUCCUCAAAGAAGAAGCGAGAGAAGAAGCGAAAGCGAAGUGAGAAAAAAAGGGACAUGUCCCAACCACUACUCAUUGAAGCAGAUAAGGAAGCCACCACUCUAGAACAACAACAACGUGAUGAGUCAAAGGAAGAGAGGGAACUUAGUCUCCAAAUAAUUGAGCCACCAGUAGACGGUGGGAUAUUCAACAAAGAAGAGAUGAAUAUUGUUGAAGGUGAAGAGAAGAUUGAAAAUAAAGCCAAGGAGUUAGAAAACAAAGAUGUGGACUUGUCAAUUGUUUGUGUUGAAGAGAAGAUUGAAAAUAAAGCUGAGGAGUUAGAAAACAAAGCUGCGGACUUGUCAAUUGCUUGUGUUGAAGAGAAGAUUGAAAAUAAAGCUGAGGAGUUAGAAAACAAAACUGCGGAUUUGUCAAUUUCUCUUGAAGACAAGAUUGAGAAUCAACAAUUGGUUCCUCCUAAUUCUGGUGUCAUGGAUAAUGAUGUUCCUAGUUCAAGUGUUAUGGAUAAUGUUGUUUCUCUGCCAGCACUACUACGUGAUGUUAAAGUAGAAGAUGAUGGCACAAAGAAGACAAGUUCGAAAAAGAAGAAGAAGAAGGAGGACAGAAAGGAGGAGAAGAUGAAGGAGGACAGAAAGGAGAAGAAGAAGAAGAAGAAGAAGAAGAAGAAGGAGGAGGAGGAGAAGAUGAAGGAGGACAGAAAGGAAACAUCAUGCAAAGUGGAAAAUCGACUGUUUGAUUUGGCAAUACUUGUAAUGGAAGAGGGAGACCCUAAUGGAAAGUUAGCUUGCAAAGGGGCAAAGGUCAAACUUCAUAUUUCUGCCAAGGUCAAGGGCAGUGAGCACCCAUUUGAGUCUACUAAAGACGGAGAACCUCAUAUUGUUAAAAUAGAUGAUGAGAGAAUGAUCGAGGGAUUACGCAUUGGCAUUGAAGGGAUGCGCGUUGGUGAAAAGAGGAGGGUCAUUAUUCCGCCAUCUCUAGGUUAUGGAGAUGAUGGUUGGGAGGGUAUGGUACCGCCCAAUUCAUGGUUGGAAUACGAGGUUCAUUUGAUAGAUACUACUAUGCCGCGUUGAGCUGACUCUACUUUUGGACUACAAAUGUGCGCCGUUUCAAACAAAUUCUAGAGCUGACUCCACUUUUGAGGCUAUUUUGUGCUACAUGCAACUUUUAUUGGUUUAUGGUAAUUGGAUUUUUAUAUACAUAUGAUUGAGAUGAUUAGUCUCGGUUUGAUAGGUUUUAUCAGGUCUCUUUUCUUUUUGCCAACAAAAUUACCCUCUUAUGAAAAUUUAAACAUCACAUAUCAUAUCAUUAUAGUAUUGUCUAUAUAUAAUUUCGUGUAGAGAGACGUAACUGAUUCAGAUA